AUGUUGAAUAUCCACACUGCGACAGAUUUUGACGACGCGAGAAUAAUAAAAGAGAUUUGGAAGUAUAAUUUAGCCACUGGUGUCUGGACGUGCUUGCCAGAGCAGCGAUUUUUCCCCACCAACAAUGAAAUUAUCCUGGGCAUGACUUUCAAGUCUGAAAAGUUGAUCGUAGUCACUUGGAACAAGUGUCAGUCAAAAGGAUACCUCUACACGCAUUACUUGAAAAACGAAAAUGAAGUUGAAAAAAUGACAACCAAGGGUCCACUGCCCAAACGAUUCUUUUCCCACAAUUUUAUAAGCCACGGGUCGUAUUUAUACACUAUAGGAAAUGACCGUGGCCUUGGAGUUUUUAGAAUAGAUCCAGAGACUGGAAUCUGGGAGAAAAUGUCUCCUGAUAAUGGCGAUGACUUCCCAGGAGACUAUGCUGAUAUUGAACUAGCGUUUGAUGGAAGAAAAAUUUAUGUGAUAUUUGUAAAACUUCGAGGAGAAAGAAUUCAUCUCAGGAUCAAUUUCGGAAUCGAUCACGUAGUAGAUCCUGAAACCAAGGAAACUAGUAUUGUAAUCUCUGGAGGAACGAUGGAUCGAAAAAUUUACAGUGAUGUUUGGCAGCUCAGGCUGUCAACGCUGCGAUGGACCUGCUUGAAUAAACUUGGAUCUAUUUUGCCUUUAGCUAUUUGUGAGCAUGAUGCGACUACUUCCCGAUAUGGCAAGAUGUACGUUUUUGGUGGAAGGAUUAAAAGGACAAAUAAUAGAUUGACUGAAGUAAAUUCUCUUUACUCAGCUUGGCUACGGAUACCAAAACUAGCAGACAUUUGCUGGGAAGCAGUUAAUUAUUAUUACAAAGAUUUAAAUUCUAAAACAGAUGAAGAACUGUUUGAACUUGGACUGCCAAUUAAAUUUGUGAGGUCUAGAUGCCAGUGA